ACAAGAAGUUGAUGAACAGCUGGUAGCAGAAGUGGUUGAAAAAUGUUCGUCUGAGACUUGUUCUAGACCCUCAGAAAAUGAGGCAUCACGUCAGGCUAUUGAUUCUUACUCCGUCAAGGAUUUCAGAGAAGAACCUGAACAUGAUAUUAGCAAAAUUUCAAUAGUGAGGCCAUUUUCAAUAGAAACCAAGAAUUCCACGGAUAUCCCGGCAGCUCUUAGAGCAAAAGCAGCCUGUGGCUGUGUACCCACAGCCUUAGGUGAGGCUCUGCCCUCCAGCAUCCCAGAAGCCCUCCAGGACAAGGCAAUGACCGAAGGCACCAUGGGGGUUACACGGGAGCCUUCCACCGAAGCGGACCUAAAGGCUGGGAACUCCUGUCCAGAGCCUGUGCCCAGCAGAAGCAAGCUAAGAAAGCCCAAACCCGUCUCUCUGAGGAAGAAAACAGUUGGCGAAUUCUCGGAAGCUGAAACUGCUGUGGAGGGCACACUUCUCCCCCAGGCAUCCUGUCAGUUUGGUCCUGAUGAAAUGGAUGGGAAUACAAACGCUUCUUUGCUGGGAGGUGCCAGGAUCCAGAAAUCUACCCCUGACAUUAAGGAACUAUCAAGCGCUCCCAGUAGUGACACCAAUGAUUCAGGGGUUGAGCUGCUGGAGGAGUCGAGGAACUCACCUCUGAAACUCGAGUUUGAUUUCACAGAAGAGUUGGAAAAUGUAGAGUCCAGGAAAGCCAUUCCAAGGAAACUUGGCAGGAAACUGGGUAACAGACUGACUCCCAAGGUACAGAAGGAUGGCAUCAGUAGGCCAGUAGGCACCAAGGGUGCAGAGCAGCCUCCAGAGCCGACCACAGACGAUGCCACUCUCUCCCGAGCACCUUCUAAGCUGGAUCCUAGCCAGUGGGAUGACCCCAACUUCAGUCCCUUUGGGGGCCACUCCACCCUGCAGAACUCCCCCACCCUCUCCUCUACGGGCUCCUACCACUUUGACCCAGAUAACUUUGACGAAUCCAUGGAUCCCUUUAAACCAACGACGACUUUAACCAGCGACGGCUUUUGUUCUUUCUCGGGUAAUCAUGUCAGUGAAAUCUUAGACUCACCCAAGAAGGCAAAGUCGCGUUUAAUAACAAGUGGCUGUAAGGUGAAGAAAUAUGAACCUCAGUCUCUUGCUUUGGAUGAGUGUUCUCAGGAUGAAGGAGCAGUGAUCUCCCAGAUUUCAGACAUUUCUAGUAGGGAUGGCCAUGCUACCGAUGAGGAGAAGCUGGCGUCCACCACAUCUGGUCAGAAAUCAGCUGGGGCCGAGGUGAAAGGUGAGCCAGAGGAAGACCUGGAGUACUUUGAAUGUUCCAAUGUUCCUGUGUCUACCAUAAAUCAUGCGUUUUCAUCCUCAGAAGCAGGCAUAGAGAAGGAGACGUGUCAGAAGAUGGAAAAAGAUGGCUCUACCCUCUCUGGACUGUUGGAGUCCCCCGUGGAGAAGGCCCCUGUGUCCGUGGCCUGUGGAGGGGAGAGCCCCCUGGAUGGCAUCUGCCUCAGUGAGUCAGAUAAGACGGCCGUGCUCACCCUGAUAAGAGAAGAGAUAAUCACUAAAGAGAUUGAAGCAAAUGAAUGGAAGAAAAAAUAUGAAGAAACGCGACAAGAAGUCUUGGAGAUGAGGAAAAUUGUGGCUGAAUAUGAAAAGACCAUUGCCCAAAUGAUUGAAGAUGAACAGAGGACAAGUAUGACCUCUCAGAAAAGCUUCCAGCAACUGACCAUGGAGAAGGAGCAGGCCCUGGCCGACCUUAAUUCUGUGGAAAGGUCCCUUUCUGAUCUCUUCAGGAGAUACGAGAACCUGAAAGGUGUUCUGGAAGGGUUCAAGAAGAAUGAAGAAGCCUUGAAAAAAUGUGCUCAGGAUUACCUAGCCAGAGUUAAACAAGAAGAACAGCGAUAUCAGGCCCUGAAAAUCCACGCAGAAGAAAAACUAGACAAAGCCAAUGAAGAGAUUGCUCAGGUUCGAACAAAAGCGAAGGCCGAGAGCGCAGCCCUCCACGCUGGACUCCGGAAGGAGCAGAUGAGGGUGGAGUCCCUGGAGAGGGCCCUUCAGCAGAAGAACCAAGAAAUUGAAGAGCUGACGAAAAUCUGUGAUGAGCUGAUUGCAAAGCUGGGAAAGACUGACUGAGUUCCCCCUGUUAGCUCAGCAGAUCUGCAUUUGGCUGCUUCUCUCGUGACCACAAUUAUCUUGCCUUAUCCAGGAAUAAUUGUCCCUUUGCAGAAAAAAAAAAAAAAACUUUAAAAAAGCACACGCCUACUGCUGCCUGUCCCGCUUUGCUGCUGACACGACAGCCCUGGAAGGAGCCCUCGAGUAUUGCACAGUCACGGAAGGAGUGGCAUCUGAGGGCCUUAGAGUGCUUCUCAAUUCUCCAGUGAUAGGUUCAGUUAGGCUGCUAAGUCUGGGUUUGUGGUCUCUCUAUCUUUGGUUCAUUUUAAAGUCAUCUUUAGUUUCCCAAAUGCGUUAAAUUUGUGAUUUUGUGGCUACUAUUUUGGAUCAUUGCCUGUCCACCACGUGCCUGAAUAUUUUUGUGUGACCUAUUUAUUUCAUCUUUUAAAUUUAAUUUCCAAUAUUAGUGGCUUUAUUUGAGGAGAUAAUUUGCCCGAUUGUUACUUCCAGUUUAUAAACAAGAAGGGACUCUGAGUACUCAUUUAUACACACUCACACACACACACACACACACACAUUUAUAUAUGCUGCUGUUUUUUCCCUGAAGCAUAGUCAAAUAAGAACAUCUCCACAGAAGAGCAUAUUUCCAUAAAUGGAAAACUCUGUUUUGAAAUAGAGUCCUGGCUCAGAAUGCCAACUUCAGAAUGUGGGGGAUUGAAGAUGUGAAGCCCCCAGACUAGUGUCUGUCGUGACUCAUAACCCCAGACUCAGGUUUCACAUCUGGGGAAGACGUUUUGCCCUGACGUUUUUUUGCCCUGGUGUCUGAACACUCCUCAGCCUUGAUGAGUGGGCCCCCUUGGGGUGAGUCUUCAGACCGAGAGUGUCUGCUUCCUGCACAAGCAGCAGCACGGGGCUCCCUCGGAGCUGGGGUUCUGCAAGUCUGUCCCAAAACCACGUAGUCUCCCCUGCUUCCAUUUGUUGCUACGAAAUCAACAUGUACUCGGUAUUAUCUUUCUGUUUGAAAUAUGCAAAGAAAAUCUACUUGUAAAAGGUUUAGAUGAUCUUAUU